UUCGCCAACAGUACGUUUCAUCGAUUCCUUGACAUCUGCAACAUAAACAUUGGCUUUACCGCUGUUGCGUAAAAUUAAAACAAUCUGGUUUCGUACGUUCGGUUUCUCCGGUGCCGGUAAUAAAAUUAUGAGCUCUCUCAGGCGUGAGGCCCUGCGGUGGUACAAAAUCCUACAGCGCACCAAGAAUGAAGUGUUUUCCGGUGACUUUCGCACCAUCUCGGCCGCGAGGCAACGCAUUCGGGAAGAAUAUAUCAAGAACAAAGAUAUUACAGAUGAGCAGCAAAUCAAAGAGAAGAUUCAAAUCGCCAAGGAUGUCGACGUCGAGCUGCGCAGAUCGGUAGUGCAGGCCGUGCGGAAGCAACCGACCGUGUUCGAGGCGCGCAUCACACCCGACACGAGAAAGAUGGACAAUGUAAUGUUCGAUCCGGAUGCCGAGCUUCCUCCACCCCGGAGCAAGAAGUGUAGUGAUAAAAAAUAGUUCAACGUCUUCCACGACCCUAACGGCACCACUGUUACCGUUUUUUGGUGUAAGCAUGUGUCCCAUUAGUGAGCAACUUGUUACCGGUAUCAUGAGGCUUAUCAUAGCAUUUCCCAGUAGAUUCCUCCUCACAUCCCAUCCCAAUGAUUAAUCGCCUGAUUAGUGCCGAGCCCGAUCCGUUCAAGUGUUUUGUUUUGUUUGCUUUCGUUCCAUUUAUUUCUUAUCUUAGUGUUUGAAAACAGAAUAUAGACCAUAUCGUAGGUAAUUGUUAUUGUGUUAGUUGGCGUAUAAAAGGGCUUUAGUUUUAUUGAGUGCCACUCGAGCAACAAUGUAUUAGACAUUUAAAUUAUGAAACUGAUUCACGUUUUAGGCAUCCAUCCAAACUUCAUCCCCGUAAAUUUUAAGCAACGGUCACAUUCAAAAUAAAAUUUUGAAGUUAAUGUUUUGUAGGAUUACCCUUGCAAGCAAAAA